AUAGGAGACAAGAGAAGUCCAGGGGACCAUGGCAACACAAAACAGGGAUGGGGCAUUCUCUAAAAGUGGACUUGAGAAGAUGGAUGCCCCAGCAGUGUCCUGUAUCUGUGAGCUGUGCGACUGUGGGCGACAUAAACAUCAUAAAGGCUGCAAGAAACAACAAAGAGUUCAGCGAAGAGAGACAAACAGAGAUUGUUAUAUCACCCACUAUAAGGCCACCUUUAGUGCACCACGGCAUGUGGCCCCUAGGAGCAGUAAGAGACCCUCUCAUACCCCUGUACCCCGUAACCUGCCUCCUAUGAACUUGGCCACUACUCAGAGAGCAGAAUUUGUACCAAGACCACUUGAAGGAAGACCCAAAUUAUGUGUUCCUCCUGAGAGUUAUUACCAGAGCCCAGAGGAAUCCCUGUUAAAACAGACUGUUUAUGGACUACACUAUCCUCCAAAGGAGGCAGAAAGAACUAUGCCUACACGUCCGCCAGACAACCUGCACCCUCCACCUCCUGCAAGUUCACACCAUACCACCACAAACAGGGAUCAAUUUAAACAAUGGAAGACAGAGCGACAAUCACAUUAUGGAGAACUACCAACUCUAGCAGGAGCUGUUCUCUUCCCUGGUGAUGUGUGUGACAUGAAAACUACAACCCAAGAGCAUUUUGUAGAAAAAAAGAUGAAGAGAGUAGAGCCAGUGAAAGCUUCACAUGACCACCUGACCAUGGAAGGAGAGCAUCACAUGAAGACAACACAUCAAUCUACUUACUAUCCUCUGCCAUUGGAAAAGAUUAAAGAACCCAAGGAACCGUUGCCAAAAAGCAUCAUCAAGCGACCACCAUUGCAGGCUGUGACUAAGUACCAGAGUGACUUCUCCAACUACUAUCCCGUGGAACCAAGCAAGCUGGCCCCCCCACCCACCAAUAACCUGACAGUAAACCCAUUUUAUAGCACUGACUUUAGGACGGUUCAAAGGGAAGCUUUUCCUGGCUGGAACCCUGCUCUGCAUCCUAGGCCUGAGCCAGCGCAACUGAAAGAGGAAUUGACAGCCAUGGAUAAGGAGAGAGGAGGACAAGUAGAGGGGAAUACAGUCACAAAGCUUGCUUUCCUGCCUCCAGAGCCGCAAUCCAGGGAGCCGGUGAGACGUCCACGAUCAGUACUUCGGCCUCUUAAUGGAAAAUUUGACGGCACUACUCACAGCAGUAGUGUUUUCAAAGAUUGGGGUGUUCAGCCACGACAACGAUAUGGAGAUCCCAUGGAUGGUGUUUCACUAAGACCUCUGGUAAAGCUUGACAGUGACACUACAACUGGUACUACAUUCCUACCUAAAAAGGGUGAGCUGGUGAGGAAUUGUAAACCCGCAAAAGAUAACCUGGAGCUGACUGGAGACAGAGACUUCUGCACUGUGCACAAGGAGACCUACAGGUCUCCAGCUUUGCCUCAGUGUCGGAUGCAGAUCUACCUGGAACAGCUGAGACAGAAUUCUCCUCAGCAAAAGGAAAAUCACUAAUGGAAGAAGAUUGUCAGUUGGUGGCUCAGUGAUGAGUUGGUGGCUCAGUGGUUCUCUGCUAUAUAAAAUGUCCACUUUUGUUUUCAGCCAUUUUUAACGU